AUGGCAGAGCAAGAUGAGGUCGACGAAGCUGCUGCGAUUCUCGGUGAACGGAGCGAUAUCUGGACAGCAAAAGUCCAUAAUGAAACUCCAAGCAUAGGUAUUGAAUAUGCUAAGGACUGGAAGACGAAAGAUGCGUUUCCUUACGAAAGAUAUAAUUACAGGGCAGACGCGAUAAUACAAACCUUUUCGGUCUCUAUGGAAAAUUUAAUCUAUGUUCAUGAAAUAUCCGCAAAUGAGCGUAAGAUCACAGUUCAUCAUCCUGAAACAAGGAAGAUUCUUGGUUUUUUGCAUUUUGAUAAAAGUAAAGGAUGUUUGGAACUCUGCAAUUAUAAGAGCCAACUAUCUCGAAAAGCUCUAAAAAUGGGCUGGACGGACAAAGACUUGAAAGACGAUCUAUCAGGAGAGUAUGGCGAAGGGUUGAAAAUUGCCGCAAUAGUGAUGCUUCGUGCUGCUAGCUAUCAAAUAAGAAUUGCUGCUUCAGGAUAUUAUUGGCGUUUUAAAUGGAAAAUAAACGACAGAACAGCAGUAAGUUGUACAGUAACCAAGGCCGACGCGAAGGAUGGAAACAAGGAAUCGCCACGGGACAGAAAUGAAACUCAAUUCAGACUUCCGAAUUCUUCGCAGGAUGUCUUUGUCAAAAUAGGCACUGUCUAG